ACUCGGGCAGACGAUGAUCCCCCAAGUGACAGGGAAGAUGCUGCAUGAGAUGAAAAGCCUUGUCCUCGAGGAGCCAAAGUGUUGGCUGGAUGUUAUCUCUGUUUGGAGAAAGCUUCAUGGGCGUGAGGGGCAAAAAGACAAUGUCUCUCAAGAAAACCCAUCGCUUCUCAAGAGCAAAUCAGAAGAAGAGACAAAUAUUGCAAGCGACAGGCAGAAACCCAAACAAGUGAGAGAGACCGUGUCUGAGCAACAUCAGGGCGGAAGCUGGAGAGAGGGUGACAGCGGUGGUCCUCUCACCUGCAAAGAUAACAGCGCUGACUACUUCUGGCUUGUUGGAGUGACCAGCUGGAGGAAAGGCUGUGCGAGAGCAAAAUAGCCCGGAGUCUACACCUCCGCUCAGCACUUUUACGACUGGAUCCUGCUACAGAUGGGACUGCCCCCAGCAGGAAGGGGCAGUCCAACAUCACGGGCAUGGAGUCAUUUUCUCACCGCCUCAACUCCCUUUCAGAGGCCAAGCCCAAUACCAACGCAGUCGGGCAGGUUUAGCUCCUGCCCAUUUCCACUCCAGAGGCUGGUGGAGUUCUUCACUUGGGUGCAGGAGCUCCUGCAGGUCCUGAGAGGAAGAAAGGCUUGAGCAGCAUGCUGAGAAGGAUCCAGUGCAGGCUGCA